AUGUGCUCUCAAUCAGUCGUCAAUAUCAAGACACAAGAUCGAAUACAGUUAUUCACACAGCAAAAUUACCAGAUGGAAAUCCAAGAUGAGCAGCACGAGAAGCCGGUCUCCGUCCUCGCCUGUAUAUAUCCCACAACCCUACCCAAAUUCAACCCUAUAAUUUCUGCCCAUUAUCGCUUCGCUUCGUCCCCCCGGGCUGGGCAUCCAUCGACUAGAAAGCCAGACGGAAACGAGCCAGAGAAAAAACUCUGCUCCCGUCUGUCCCCUGUAGCGCCAUUCUCGCCAACCCUCCGCGCUCCAAUCGUCCUGCAGCACCAGCAUCGCCAAAGUCGCCAGCUCCAGGAACAACUGGCCAGUGACUCACAUCGCGAACAACGCCAGGCUCUCACCGUGUCCGCGUCACUCCCGGCCGCGCCAGCAAGGUGGAACAAAAAAGCUGCAGGGUGGAACAGAAAGCAGCAUGUGUCCACAGGCACCGUCUCAUGGUUUCGAUCGCUGUGGCCAGUGGGUUGGUCGAAUGUGGGGGACAAGGGUGCAUAA